AUGGACAAACUGGAUCAGAAGACUGAAAAAUCUAAGGUUCUUUUGUUGAAGUUAAACUACGCAAACUGGCAUUUAGAUGAUUUGGAAUUAGAGAAAACUGUUCUUAUGAGUUGUGUUUCGGAGGUCAAUCAAUAUCUGCAACAUAUUAUAGAGACUUGUGAUUCAUUGAUCACGGUCUUGGUACGACAAAAUCUUGCUAACAAACUCAAUCUAGUCUCCGCUAUGCUUAACAAAAUUGAAGAAGAAGAAGAAGAACUCUUUGAAGGUGAAAAACUUGUGAGAAAGAAACAAGAGAAGGAGCUUGAUGAUAUUAUGAAACUUCGAAAAGAGUUAGAAGCCAAGGAAGCUAAAGAUAGAGUUUCGAAAGUCACUCUAGAGACUUAG